AUGAAAGACCGCCUUCAGGAAUUAAAACAGAAAAGCAAGGAAAUCGAAAUCGAACUCUCUCGGGAGAGUCGGGUGUUUGGAGAAGCAGAGGAACGAGGCGUGCUUGUCCAGCAAGCUAUUAUUUAUGAGAGAGAACCUGUAGCUGAGAGACACCUACAUGAGAUCCAAAAACUGCAGGAGACUAUCAACAGCUUUGCUGAUGAGAUUCAAAAGUUUGGACAGCAGCAGAAAAGUCUGGUGGCUUCCAUGAGACGGUUUAGUCUACUUAAACGGGACUCUACCAUUGCAAAGGAGCUAAAAACCCAAGCGGAACACAUUAACAGAGCACUGGGUGACUUAGUCAAAGAAGUAAAAAAGUCAGAGGUUGAAAACGGUCCGUCAUCAGUGCUCACGAGGAUACUUAAGUCUCAGUACGCCGCCAUGUUCCGCCACUUUCAGCAAACCAUGUUUCUAUACAACGACACGAUAGCUUCCAAGCAAGAGAAGUGCAAGACAUUUAUCAUCCGUCAGCUGGAAGUGGCUGGAAAAGAAGUGUCUGAAGAAGAAGUGAACGACAUGCUUCAUCAGGGAAAAUGGGAAGUGUUUAAUGAAAGCUUACUCACAGAAACGAGUAUCACUAAAGCCCAGCUCUCGGAGAUUGAACAGAGACACAAGGAACUUGUGAAUCUGGAGAACCAAGUGAAGGACCUCAGGGACCUUUUCAUGCAGAUCUCUCUUCUGGUAGAGGAACAAGGAGAAAGCAUCAACAACAUUGAGGUCAUGGUGACCAGCACAAAAGAGUAUGUUAUCAAUACCAAAGAGAAGUUCGGACUCGCUGUAAAAUACAAAAGAAGAAACCCCUGCAGGGCCCUGUGCCGUUGCUGCUGCCCAUGCUGCGGCUCCAAAUAG